AUGCACAAAAAUCAACCUCUACUAUCGAAUAAGCUAUCGAUUCUCCAAAAUACUUCCUGGGGUGAGACAUAUUAACAAUAAUACAGACAACUAAAAAAAUAAAAGGAACACAAAGAAGAAUAGUACAACAAAGCUCAUAAGCAAUAUGAGGAAUUGACCAUUAUGUGCGAGUAAAAGCUGUUGGAAUUUACAGAAGAGCAUUCCUAAAACAUAAUUUAAAUAGAUAAUCCUUGCGAUUUGCUAGUAGAUUUUGGAAAAUGCAUCCUAAAUAUGCUUCACUAUAGAAUACUUUCCUGGAAUCAAUUUAAGCUUGUCAUUAAAAGAUAUCAAAUUCUCAUUUAAGAGCUUAAAUUCUAUAACUCAGAUUUGCUAGAUGAAGACAUCUAAAAUCAGCUGCAUGAAUUCAAAAAAAAUAAAAACUUUGAAAACCUAAACUAGGAAACUGGUAAUUUGCUGAUAUGGAUGUACUUAAAAUAAAGCAGCAAAGAACUGUAUGAUCAAAUGCAAGACCUGGAAUUUUCAAUUAUUCAACUUAACAGAGAGAAGGGAAAGUACUAUGAGCAGAUUUAGCAGAGUCAGGAGACAUCAAGAAUCAAAGCAGAAUAAAAUUAAUUGCUCUAUGAAGUAAUCCGCUAAGUUGAGGAGAAUAUCCUUAAGUUGCAAUAAAUGAUAAACAAGCCUAAGUCUGAUAGCCCUGAGAAACUUAAAGUCGAUGUUCAAUAAACUUCUCGGGAUUGUGAUAAAGCUAUUAAUUUUGCCAAGAACCAAAUAAAAAAGAUUAGAUCUGAAAACAGAAUGAAUAGAGUUGAAAAAUCUGCGAUUGCUCUCAACAUUAGUUAGCUCAACCUCUCAAGGACUCUUAGAAACUAAGAUGAUAGUCACCUUCUAUCUAAGAACUACAAUGAUGAUGAGGCAGAUAUUACUACUUAUAAUAACAUGCCAGUAAUAGGAGAAAAUAGGCCAAGGAAUAACCAUGGCUUUGGUUUUGUAAAUCACGAAGAUGACAUUUUUGAAAUGAAUGACAAGAGUAAUAUGAUUAUUCGAAUGAAUAAGCUUGAUGAUGAGAAUGAUGAAGAGAGAAAAACAUAAAGAGUUAAUGACCAAUUAAUAAUGGAUCUCUCAAUGUCAAGCCUUAAUAAUGUCUAACUAUUUAUUAAUGAUGACAAGGAUUAGUAUUAGACCAAGAAAGGUAAAGAUAAUACUCUGAAAAAGAUCAAUCUUAAUAAUCAAGUUACAGUAGAGAAAAGUGAAAAUACACCAAUGGGUGGUACAUCUACUAACCCAGGAGAAACAAGAGGUAAACCUCUAAAACCGAUGAUGAAGAAGAGGGGAGGAGGAUGCUUCGGCUAAUCAAAAAAUAAAAACAAUUAAUAAGAGGAACGUAUGAAAUUGAAUGAAGAUCAAGAAAAGAAGUUCAAGAAAAAGAAAUCAUAGUGCUGUAUGUCUCAGGCUCUAUCAAUCAAACUGCUUGUCAUUCCAGACAUUCCAAUCAUUGGUUCUCCAAAUUUCUAAGUGAAUAUGAUCUUUGUAAGACCCACAUAUUCUAUCCCUAUCAUGAAGUCUGCUACAUAUUUAAUUAGAAGCAAGCUAUUUUUAAUUUUCAAUUUGUUAUGCUUUGCCAUCUUUUCUAAAUAGAUGUUCUCUUGA